AGCUUGGCCAAUCAAUUUCCAAAUCGCCAACGGAAUUAAUUCAGUCUAUCCAUUAAAAUUCUUGUGAAGCUUUCGAAGAAUUAAUUCAGAUAAAAAAAAAUGGGUUCUUGCAUAAGCAAAUGUUGCAGGCCGCCGAGGAAGAAGAAGCUCAAGGAAGAAGACGACCAUGGCGGCCGCGGUUAUGAUCAUCAAGAAGAUAGGCAUGUCGUCGUCCAAGAUAAGCUCGUGAUCGAAAUCCCCAAAAUACCCUCUGAAAAACCUCCUUCCCCACCCCCUUCGAAAGCUUCUUCGAACAACACCAAAUGCACAUCCUCGUCUUUAUCCUUAUGCUCAUCGUCAUCAUCAUCCUCGUCCUCGUACUUGUCCGUUAAGGAUAAGGCGUUUUCGAACGAAUUCCUUUGGUCGUGUGCAAAGGAGAAUCCUCACGUCAUUGGAAAAAUCAAUAAUCCGACAAUCAAUUCGAAGAUGAUGCUUGAAAAACCACACAAAAUCCAUCCCCAAACCUUUGAUCCCACCUCGUACUUCGCUACCUCGACCGCGUCGAAACUUCAAGAAAUGAAGGCUUCCACGCCGCCUAGGAAACGGUCGCGAGCAAACUCGCCGACGAUAGUGAGGCAAAAGAGCUUUCGAAGAGAUCAAAAUGUUAUUACACACUCGAUGCCUAGUCGAGCCCUCCGGUCACCUUCUCCGAGCCGAAGAUUUAUCAACGCCAAAAGUGUCCCGACGCACGAAAGCCCGGGGAGGCGACAUGUCCUGUCCAAUUGUGGUAAUGGACCUAUGGAAUGUCCAAAUUAUCACUUUGAUCCUUCGAAGAAAAAAGAUCAUAUCUUUUCACGAAGGAUUAGUACAAACAUCGAUGAUGGCGCUUCGAUCGGAGAGAUCAAGUUCGGACAACGAACGAGCAAUGCCGUAGUCGAAGACAUUACCAAUCCUCUCAUUGCUUUGGAUUGCUUCAUAUUCCUUUGAUCUUUCUUUAGUACAAAGAUCAGAUUGUGUUGGCUGUGUUUAGAAUGUUUGUUUGUGUCUCUUUUUCUUCGAUUGUCUCUAUCGAUUGUUUGAUUUGUUUCGAUGAUAUCUUUGUUGUCCUGAUCUACAUAAUUGUUAGAAGCAUAACUUAAGUUUU